ACUGAACUGUAGAGGCACCUGUUAAAAAGUAAUUCACAAAAGACUGGUUCACUGCCCAGUGGAGAAUGCUGCACACAAAUUGCAAAAUGAGCUUCUCAGAUGAACAGCUGGUAAUCAUCUAUGAAGCAGAAGCAGAGCAAUGGGCAACAUAUUUAAAGUCUGUUCUUGCUGAGAAAAUUGAUGGCCAAAAUAUUUGCUGUCAUGACAUUGGGCAAGGUUCCAUCAAGAAGGAAGACUUUCUUAAACUCAGUUUGUACAAAUGUAAAAUUCUCAUCCUAUCAAAAGGAAUGUUGGAUGUUCUCAGUCAGAUCAAGAGAUUCUUUUUGGCCAGAGCUCUGCAGCCUACAAACACAGUAGUGAUCCUGAAGUGUGGAGUCACCAGCUCUAAAGACCUGUAUGAUAUUCUGCCUAUUGGGAAUGAAUGUUUAGAGAUUUCAAGUGAACAGGAUCCCGAAGAAUACUUAGCUGUUGUCACUAGAGUCAUUAAAAUAGGUGCUAACACUACUACACCUGUCAAAUCUUCGGACCAAAAAAGAGGUGCAAUGGAAUGUGUUAAAGGACAAACACAGCCUACUGAAGGUUCUGAUCUUAAAUCAUCUGUGAUGGUAGUUCCGAGAAAAAUUCAGUGUGAGUGUCCUGGAGAAAUUUUUAUUUUGUUUCAAGAUGGGUCACAUCUGAAAGACAUGGAAAUAGAAUUUCAGUCCAACAUUCGGAAACAAAAGGUUGAGCCAUUGCUGUGGAAUGAGAACACACUUCGUGUGAAAGCAUUGGAUUUCCCUGCAGGAGUUGUACAUGUGAACAUCUAUUUUGGGGGAACAUUAAUGGCUAAUGUAGAGCUCUUUUACUACACCGCAAUGGGACAGAUAGAAAACCUUCUCAAGAAUGUUGCAGAUCCUAUAAGCUUCUCAUGUCAAGCUUUAGGAGUUUCAUCAACAGAGGAGCUUGACCAUCUUCUCACUUCUUCACUGAAGAACAAAAUGCCAGCCGGUGGUUUAGAGAUUUUUCAGACUCACUACAAUCAAAAAAGUAAUUUUCCAGUGGGAAAUGAUUCAGAAGAACUUCCAUCUCUUCUGCAUUUUGCUGCUAAGAAUGGACUUAAGAAUCUUUCAGCUUUGCUUCUACAAUGUCCUGGAGCUGAAAUAGCCAUUAAGACGACCAACAAGAAUGGUGAAAGCCCAGUUCAGCUUGCUGAGAAACAUAAUCAUGCACAAUUAAAAACAGUACUAGAUGAUAUGCUGAUUAAACUAGAGUGUGCUGAAGAUCAUGGGGAUGAGAGCAUUUAUGAAUUAAUGCAUUCAGCCUCCAAGCAUUCUAAAAGGAUUAACGAAAAAGAAACCACUGAUGUUAAAACUCCAGAAGAAGAUGAAAGUGAUCUGCAAGAGGAAGACCCUUAUACCCUUGUUGGAAAAGAUGAUGAUGUCUAUGAUAUGAUACUCUCCUCAAACAAGACUUUUUCUGAAAAAUCACGUGGUGCUUCCAUUAUAAAUAGACCACCUGCUCCUGCUCCUCGGCCUCCUAAGUCUACAGAUAACGAAGACAGCACACCUUACAUUGCCAAAGUUUUCCAACAGAAAUCUGCUCAAGGAGAUAAUGGAGCACUGUAUUCAAACCCAUUAAGACAAUUCAAAGGAAGAGACAGUUUGACAUCAACAUAUGACACGUUUGUACCACGACAGCCCUUUGGACUGGACCAACUUGUGGCACUACAGGAGAGAGUCAAGAGAAAUUCAAUUACGGUGGAUGAAGCACUGGAGAAGUUCAGUGACUGGCAAAAAGAGCAAAUGCAAAAAGGGAUGGAUGUAGCACAGCAGGAAAAUUUGAGACAGCUCCGAGAAAGCAUUCUUCCCAAAGGAGCUGAUGAUGAGUCUUUUUAUGACAAAAUUAAUAUAAUCCACCAAAUACCAGAUGCAGAUAAAAAAAAUUCAAGAAGCAAAGAUGAAACCUUAUACAGCAGUCCAGCCAAAGGGCAGCAGAAACGCUCAAUUAAAAAUUAUUCCAAGAAUGCUAAAUGAAAAAGGAAUAUUAUUUCACACUGAAAACACUGCAUUCUAAACUAGCAAAGCAUGUUGGUUCAUAGGCAUCAGCAUUGGUGGAACAUUACCUUCCUUUCCUCUGAGCAACUGAGACGUUGUCCUUUUACAAGUUUAUUGAAAAGUAUCUCCAUCACAAUAUCUCUGUUUUCAAUUUCAUGUUUUUUAAAUUGAUUUAUAGGCACUAGAUUGACUGUUCACAAACCCAUUUAGAGAAAUUACCUGGCUUCCUGAACAUUGCUUGGUAUAAGGAUUAUUCAUGGUUGCUAACAAUAGUUUUAUUUAAUGAUUUCUUCAGACCUAUUUGUUUCAUUACUUUUUGGGAGAAUGUCUUUUCUCAGUUUUCUGGUUUUUGAUUGUUUUUUAUGCAUUUAUGUAUUAUUUAUAAUAUCCAUACAUUAUCCUGUGACCCUGAAGGGAAAAAGAAGGCUACAAAAUGAAUGGAUGUGUGGAUAAUCAUACAUACAUGUUCUUUCGUUUAAUUAAAGAUGGAAAGGCAAAUAGAUUUACAUUAAUUUCUCAAAGAAAAAACUAUUUUAAAAAGAAUAUUCAUCACAUCAUAAGAAAGCUGUGUAUUCCAUUUAAUUAUUUUUAACUGUGGAAUUUCACUGAUUUUGUUUUACUGAGUGGAGCCAGACUGGCACUGCUCAUCUCUAACUUGUAUGUAAUAUUUUCUUACUUUAAAUGGUCAUCAGUAGCAUUAUAAUUGAUUUAUCUACAAUUUAAGACUGUGAUGUUACUUCAUGUUCACACUGUAAAUAGCUCCUUGCUUUUUUCUGCACAAGCAUUCUGGACAUAUUGUAUUUUAUUUAGUACCUUUGUAUACUAAACUAUGGCAACCUUUUUCUUCAUCUUUUCUCACUUUUAUGUGGGGUCAACAUUUUAUAACUUUUUUCCCUUAUUCUUAAAAUGUGAUAGGUUGCCUCAUCUCAAACCAUUUUUACUUUUUCUAAAUUGUUCAUGUGUAUUGAACAUAUUACUGCAAUGCCUGUUUUAGCACAACUUUUGGAAUUGUCCCCAAAUUUUAAUUGAAGAUUUCUAAUCCAUAGUCUUACAGUAUUAUGCCAGUCUUAAAAUCCCCACUAGCCUGUAUCUCCUGGAUCAAUACUUUCUACUUCCUCUAUUACUUUCUGUCCUUUAACAUAUUUUGCAUUAAAUAAUUAUUUUUUAUAAUAUGAUUUUGCAUAAUGACUUCCUGUCUCAGGAUCAAGAUUUCAUAAGAGGAGAAAUGUAUUAAAUAUCCACAUGUCUUAAUCCACUUGGCAAGCAAUACAAAUGGGCUUUACACCUAAUACAUUUUGUGUGAAUGUUUAAACAUUAAAACUUAAUUUGUUCAACUGUGGCAUACAAAUAUUGAAAUAUGUAACCCUGGGCUAUGCUUAUUAUAAAGAAUAAAAUGGCAAUUCAGCUUU